AUGUCGUCUUGUCCAAUCGAUCUCGAGGAGGCCUACCCCACAAACGUUUACCUUGCAGACGCUGACAACACGUCUCCUGCUUACCCCUUGUCCACCCUCUUCGAAAUCGAUGCAUCCUUAGAGAAACCAAUGGCAUUGCGCGAAAUGACUUCAAGCUUCCUACCAAGAACACCAAGCUGCUUCAACCCGAAGUUGAUGGUAACGGGCAUUACAGAAUCGAACAUGACAACGACUGUUAAUUCUGCUUUCCAAAAGUGCCCCGAUCGCGCUCCAUUCGAACUGUUCAAUCAGACCUCAGCCGAUUUUCCAAUCAGUCCUUCCCAUGAAGCAGCCUGUAUCUUUCCAAAUACUACCUGCUCAUGCAUUCCUUCCCCUUGCAGCAACGCAACCGAGACAACCGUCUCGCCACGUAUCUUGAAGCUUCAGUCACUCCCACUCUCAAUCGAGCGUGAAAGCACGCCCACGUCAAAGCGCCCACUGCGCAAGCGGGGACGCCCGUGCCUCAACCGCAGCGACAAGACUGAGCCGGUAUCGAUAUCCUCAGCAAGGCAGAACAAGCAAUACCGCGGCCGAGUGCCACAUAGUCAAGUCGAGCGCAAGUACCGUGAAGGCCUGAGCUUAGACAUGGAGAGGUUACGACGAGCGGUACCAACCUUGCUACAGAGCGGUGAGGGUGAUGCUAUUGGAUGGUAUAAGCCAAGCAAGGGCAUGGUGCUAACGGCCGCUGUUAAUUAUAUCCAGAGAAUAGAGAGAGAGAAAGAUGCGUUGUGGGACGAAAACCAGAAGAUGCAGUAUGCACAGGGAAAAAGCUACCAGAAGGAACAUCUAUACAAAUUUGUCGGCGCUGGUCUGACGAAGCGAGCUACUGAAGCUAGCCCUCAGCUCGCCUCGCGCUUAUGGCUCGAGUUGGAUAUCGUGCCAUUGGUCUUCUCACCGACUUUCGACAACCCCAUCGUUGAGAGGCAACACGGCAAGAUAUUGGUAGAUGAAGAAGCUGAUUCCAUGGCAAGAAAAGCUCUCAUGUACUUUGGCCCGAGUCGGCAGCCGCGCCUCGUUGUUGGUUACCGCAAUGAGGUUGGAGUCGAUUGCGCUGGCCAAGCGCGCAUUACCUACGCUGAGGACUAUCCACCUACUGUCAGCGAAAAUACUUGGAAUGCCACGAUGAAAUACGCGGAUUCGCUCAUAAGGAACCAAACCAAGAUCGCCUUCUUCAACAGUACCCCACAAGGUGGAGGUGUCGCUUUGAUGAGGCAUGCCCUCAUCCGAUUCCUUCGUGUGAUCCACGUGGGCGCCAAAUGGUACGUUCCAAAGCCCAAGCCUGAGGUUUUCCGUAUCACCAAGAACAACCACAAUAUCCUUCAGGGUGUAGCCAAGCCCGAUGUUCGCCUAGACCAAAAGUCAAUGUGCAUCCUUGACGAAUGGUGCAAGCAAAACGCCGAGCGCUUCUGGAUGGCAGAAGAUGGUCCUCUUGCACCUCGCUCUCGUGGCGGUGCCGACGUCAUUAUCGUCGACGACCCACAGAUGCCGAGUCUCGUCAAGAUUGCUAAGGAACAAGAUCCCGACCGCCCUGUCAUUUUCCGCAGCCACAUUCAGGUCCGUGCUGAUCUCGCUGAUCAAGAAGGCACGGCUACUUCUGAGGUUUGGAACUGGGUAUGGAACAACAUCAAGGAUUGCGAUGCCUUUGUUAGCCACCCUGUCCGCGACUUCGUGCCCAAGAAUGUCACUACCGAGAAAGUCGGCUACCUGCCUGCUACUACGGAUUGGUUGGAUGGACUAAACAAGCCUCUCGACGAUUGGCACUCGCAGUUCUACAUCCACGAGUUUGAAGCUGAAUGUUUCAAGGCGCGGAUGCAUCAACUCAAGUUUCCGGACCGUCACUACAUUGUCCAAAUCGCACGUUUCGACCCGGCAAAGGGUAUUCCCGAUGUCCUGGCUUCUUAUGCUGAAUUCCGCCUCAAGUACAUGAAGGACAAAUAUAUAAUGGAGAUUCCUCAGCUAGUCAUCGUCGGUCACGGCGCCAUCGAUGACCCCGACGCUACCGAGAUCUAUGAUAAGACGCUUGACCUCCUCCGGACUCAGUACAGUGGCAUCCAAGAAGACGUGGUAGUCAUGCGCCUCGGUCCCACAGACCAACUCCUCAACGCACUAAUGUCCAACGCCCACGUCGCCCUCCAGCUCUCCACUCGCGAGGGCUUUGAAGUGAAAGUCAGCGAGGCCCUGCACAAAGGCGUACCCAUCAUCGCCACGCGCGCUGGCGGUAUUCCGCUGCAAGUUGAACACGGUAAAUCGGGCUUUCUGGUUGAAAAUGGCGACUACAAAGCCGUUGCGCGCUAUUUGCAUCACCUGUUCAGCGAUCCCAAGGCGUAUGAUGAGAUGAGUCACUAUGCGGCCACUCAUGUCAGUGACGAAGUCAGCACAGUGGGCAAUGCACUCGCGUGGCUGUACCUUGCGGAUGUGCUAUCGAAGGGUGAGAAGAUCAAGCCGAAUAGUAGGUGGAUCAACGAUAUGGCGCGCGAGACGGCGGGAUUCCCGUAUCAGGAGGGUGAGCCUAGGUUGCCUCGGGAUAGGAUAUUGGAUUUGACGCAGUAG